GCAACGUCAACAUUCUGCUGACCAUUCCUUCGGUGGAACGAACUCGAAGGAAAUAAUAAGCACGCCCGCACACACACGCACACAAACACACGUUGUCAACGUUUUGAAUUGAACGUUGGCGCACCACACGCUACGCGAAAAGGGGAAAAUAAAACUGGGUCCUCUUAUCUUAAGCAUACCUAAUCCUAGCUUUUAAAAAAAGAAACAAUGAGCAGCACGUCACAGCCCGUCGUGAAGCCGUUCACGUACUUGCGCAUUCCGCACGACGCUCAAGAGCCGGUGCAAGAGCUGCGCUUCAACGGCAACAGCGAGGAGGAACUCUGUGGCACCUUGACACGGUACUUCCGUCGCUCUCUGCUCUCCGAGGACCAGAAGACAGACAUGGGCCGCCACCUUGUUGCGAAGGCCAGCGAAAGCGCCAAGAAGCACGCCGUCAACGGCGGUGCAGCUGAGGGGUCGACGGAGGCGUCGGAGAAGCAGCAGGCGGCGAUGAUUGAGCACUACCUCGACCAGGCCUCCUACGAGAUCAUCCCCGUCACCAUGCCGAUGCGCACCACCGGCUACAUCGGCACGUCGCUCUACAUCGACGACAGCGGUGCCUUCAAGGACUUGCCGCUGAACUACCGGGCGAGCAAACUGGCCCAGCGCGACAUCCGCGGCGACGCGUUUCUCUUGUCGAACCACGACGACCCCGCCCUGGAGGAGUGGGGCCGCGUCGACUGCCCUCUGACGCGCUACGACGAGCUCCUCGCGCACCCAUCGCAGGUCUCCUACGACCCGUCUAACCAGGCACAAAUGGCACAAGCGGCGAUGCUGCGCGAGGCGGAGACGAAGACGAUCAGCCCCGAGAACUACGAGAAGGCGCAGCAGGCCAAAGAGGACGGCAAUAAACUGUUUGCCGCGGGUGAUCUUCAGGCGGCAGUGCAGGCCUACAGCAUGGCGAUUGACUUGACAGAGGGCCGACGUGAUCUGCUGCCUGACGAGGCAGCCGCAACCCAGCUGCGCCUCUCCGCUCUGCUGAAUCGCUGUCUCUGUCUCACUCGGCUGAAGAAGUGCUCGGAUGCGGUGGUGGACGCGCGGACCGCCGUUGCCCUCGAUCCAAGCUCCCUGAAGGCCUACUAUCGCCUCACGUAUGCGCUGUGUGGGGCACAAGAGUUUAAAGCCGCUGCGGAGGCAUGCGCAGCCUACGAAAAGCUCGGGGGAGGUGAAGAGGACGUCGGUGCGAUGCGCACCACCAUCGCCACCGGCGAGGCGGAAGUCACGAAGGCGCAGAAGCAGAUGUUCUCCAAGAUGUUCCGCUAA